GAAACCAGGGCAAGCGGAUGGGAUUGCCAAGACGCGAGGCCAAUAGGUGGAGACUGCGCGAGGCACGCCGGGAUGAUGGAGAAUUUUUCCGCUCUCUUCGGGGCGAGCGAGCCUCCCCCGCCUGUCGCGGCUGCUGCGCUGGGCUUCGGUCCCGGCAAACCGGGCGGGCCCGUGACGGGGCCCUCUCCCGUGCCGGCCGUGGCGCCCAUCGGAGAAGAGGCGGCGCGCAAGGCCGCGGCCUCCAGCGGGCCCUUCUACCUGAUGCGCGAGUUACCAGGAACCACUGAACUCACAGGAAGCACAAACCUGAUUACCCACUACAACCUGGAGCAUGCUUACAACAAAUUUUGUGGAAAGAAGGUGAAGGAAAAGCUCAGUAACUUUCUGCCAGACCUGCCAGGGAUGAUUGACUUGCCAGGCUCUCAUGACAACAGCAGCCUGCGCUCCCUCAUUGAGAAGCCUCCCAUUUGUGGAAGCUCAUUCAACCCCAUCACUGGUACAAUGCUAACAGGAUUUCGGCUCCAUGCAGGACCGUUGCCAGAACAGUGUCGCUUAAUGCACAUCCAACCACCUAAGAAAAAAAACAAGCACAAACACAAGCAGAGCCGUACCCAAGAUCCUGUCCCUCCAGAAACACCCUCAGAUUCUGAUCACAAGAAAAAAAAGAAGAAAAAAGAGGAUGAUCCUGAGCGAAAAAGAAAGAAGAAGGAAAAAAAGAAAAAGAAGAAUCGGCAUAGCCCUGAACAUCCAGGCGUGGGCAGUUCUCAAGCCAGUAGCAGCAGCAGCCUCCGAUAAGAGUCCUGCCAAAGAUUCGAUUGGGAAGAAUGCUCCAGUAAGGUACUAACAGGGAGGACUGGCUAAGAAGGAAGAGCAAUAAUGUUGGAGCCACUGUCAACUCACCUGCUUCCUUUGCAACUUAUGACCCUGGGUGAACAUUUUGGGAAUCCACUGGUUUCAUUAUCAUCGACACGGACUUUGCCUCGGACUUGAUGCAGGCUGGUGUCUUUAUAUGGAAGCUCUGAUAACCAUUUGAGGGUUUUUUUGUACGAAACUAUCCUGAUUUCAUCGGGAUAUUUCUGUUUCACAUUUUCAUUAAAUCUCUCUUGGAGGAGAUGCUUUUGAUUUGAUGGAGUCCUGAACUCUGGAAAUUCACCCCCCCCCCCAGCACACACACAAUGCACAUGUUGUGGGCUUGCAAACAACUCUGGUUGAUCAUUGAUGAACAGAUUCCAGAGCUGCUUAUUGUGGUGGGGCAUUGCCUGAGGCUGGUGGAUAGGACAGCAGUCUGCUCUAUUGAGACUUCAUGAAGUAAUUGUAGAUGCAGGAAAUGUCUAAACUGGGAAUAAAAAGAAUACAAGGUUGAAUUUCACCUCCCAGCUUCUACAGUUAAAAAGCAUUUACCAAAAUUCCUUUAGCAGUGGAACAUGUUGGGAGUUGAGCAGCUAAACUGUGAAUCUUAGAAUAUAAUUUGUUUUGGGAUUCUUUUCCCCCAAGAGCUUACUUACUGAGGGAAGACUUCUUAGCGUGUUCCUUAGUAAGAGGCAAGAUUCCAUCUUUGCCAGCAGGUGGAAGAAAUCCCCAACAGAUUCAAACUGAAAAGACGAAAGCCUCUUCCACAAAUUCUGUACUGGGCAAAUACAAACUAUUAAUCUGCUCAAUCCCUUCUGUAAUAUUUUUAUGUAUUACUACCUCAUUGUGAACACCAUGGCAAAGAUCGUUAAUUUUCAGAUAGUCGUCUUCUCUGUCUUUGUUCUAAACUACACACAAGGUAAUGACAAACCUGGCCUCUCAGUAGCAACUGCUGGGUGGCAGAUAAUAAAGGAACACAGAGCCCAGUGUCACAGCUGCCUCUCCUUGUCUCAAGGGAGGGUCAUCCCACCUGCUUGAUGCCUAGAUUGGAAUGUGGCUGUGUCUAUACUUUGAUCACAGAACCGCUUGCAGACAAUUUAAACAUAGCAGGAGACCUCCUUGAUCCUGCAGUGAGGUGGAGAGUUCAGCAUUGAGGCUGUGGCUUGGCAAGGAACAAUUCCACAAAUUAACUACAUUGCUUAUUAUGUUUCCCUUCUUCACUGCUAACAGUUGCUUCAUGUUCUAGGAUUACAUAGGACAAAAGUUUUAAGGUGCUGUGGAUUGAAUCCAAAUUCUUCCAACAGCUAUUACUUACAAAUAAGACACUUGGAAAUCUGCCCAGGGAUCACCCCAUCAGGUUUAGCUUGGCAUUUUUCAUGAAGCUAAGCUGAUGAGAGGCAGAGAAGUAAAUGAAGAUGUUUUGGCUUUGAUUAUUAUUAAAUGGUUUUCAAAUGC